UGGCAAAAUUAUGUAAAAUGUCAAAAUAGUUUGACAGGACACGCAUGAGUGAGCGUUACAGCACUCUCUGUUUGUUGCACGUGCUGCAAAGCAAGCAACUGCAACGUUAGCAUAGUCAAUCUGAUACUGUGUAAUCAAACUGAUUUACAACUAUUUACAACUAUUUAUGUACAACUAUGCUGUAUUGGCCGUAUCAAGAUAUUAAUGACAUGCUGCAUAGGAACUCGUUAAAAUGACAGAGCAGUGUCAAUGUACAGUGUGCAGCAGCGUCUCAGCAGGUAUCUGGGUCACCACAAUAUGAGCUCCUAUACAUGCCUUGUGCUCAAACUCCUCUGCUAAAAUAGGCUAUUUAUGACAUCUUUGUCUCAACAUGUCUGUAAAUUCCUCGACAGGAUUUUCUGCGUUUCUGUUAAACAAUGCCUGCUGCAAAUAGCUGCGCUCAUUCUGCUGUAAAUCCAAGAAGUAAUCCCAGCCAUUUGCCCGAGUUGACCUGGAACGGAUUGCCGCUGUGUGACUGCGACAAUCUGUCAGGCUUUGUUGUUGACCCACUGACGCAAACACGGACCAGUCUGAGUGUAUUUAAGCCGACUUUCCUCGACCACAAGGAGAGAGAUUGACACUCACUGAGAAGACAUCUACAAACACUACAGCCCACAUCAUUUUUUUGGAAACACAGAGCUGUACGAGAUGAGCUCGGGAAAUGGCUGCGACAGUUUCAGUGACUCGCCCAUGAGCCCAAAAAGAGUAGGACCAACAACACCCAGAAGAGGACCCCCUAAAUUCAAACAGAGAAUGACAAGACAAUUCAAAAGCAAACCUCCCAAGAAGGGGGUCAAAGGAUUUGGAGAUGAGAUCCCAGGAAUGGAGGGUCUUGGCACUGACAUCACUGUGGUGUGUCCAUGGGAAGCGUUUAGCCAUCUGGAGUUGCACGAGCUCGCCCAGUAUGGGAUUAUUUGAGACGGACUACAGGAAGAUGCGUCACCUGGACUUUAGUUGACUCGACUCCACCUCUAGAUCCCAAAUGAGGGAAGCUGCAAACGGACACUUGCACCAUUGCCUUUAUUAUACUUUGUUGCAAACAGCUGAGUUGUACAGCCCACCAACCUACGAAUGCACGAUACAUGUAAUAUAGUGGCUAUUGGGAUGCAGGAGGAAUUCGGUUUAUGAUGUUUUAUAGGAUGAUAUAAAGGUGACAUGCCUUUUGAUAGAAGAAAUAAUGUGGAAUAUGAUUUCAAUCAAAGUUUAUUUUCUACUGCACAUUCCCAAAUUCCUCACUCUGUGGCACCACCUGCCAAGUUAUCUCUGAAAUGUUUUUAUUUGUGCUAGUCCUAUAUUUUGGCCUUUUUUUCUUUUUUUUAGUAGAUUCACUCUGAGAGGAGAGGCCUUAUUAGCUGUUCACAUCACUUCAUCUGUCGUAUGGUGUUGAUGCCUUAGACUUGUAAUGUAGCAAAUUUAGUUCUCAUGUUUGGCUUAAUUAAAAAAACCUUAAUUUGUAUUGUUAAAUAUGUUAAAAUAAAGAUUUGGUGCAGACUGUU